UUCUUGGCCAUUAUCCUGAUUAUCUUUAUUGCAGAAGUAGCCGCUUUUGUCCUGGGAUUCGUUUACAGGGAAAAGGUAAAAACUGAUGUUCAAGGCACAAUGCACUCAGUCUUUGAGAGGUAUGAUGGGAAAAAUCCAGAGUCUACUGUUGUGGAUUACUUGCAAGAGCAGCUUCAUUGUUGCGGGGUCAAGAACUACAGCGACUGGACAAGCACGCCGUGGUUUAAUUCCACCGGCAACAACAGCGUCCCUCUGAGCUGCUGCAGGCAGGACACGAAGAACUGCACGGGGCGUCUGGAUCAGCCGCAAGAACUCAACACGCAGGUGAAGACGAAGGGCGCAGUUGCACAUUAUAAAAUCCUGCUUUCUUUGAAGGCUUGGAGAGGAGGAAAAAAAAAAUAAUCUGAAUUAAUGUCUUUUUAAACUUGUUUUCACCUCUCUCUUUCACGGCAGGGCUGUGCAGAGGAGCUGGAGUUGGGGGUUCAGAGCGUUUUCAGCUAUGCCAUGCUUGUCAUUCUGGGGUUUGCCAUUGUUAAG